AUGGCACGAGUUGCUUCAAGUGACACCCAAGCUGUUCUCAUGUAUUUACAAUGGACUGUCCCUGUUCUUGACAAGCGGAUUGAUCCACAGUUCAGGUUGUGGGACCUGAACUAUGAAGAUGUUUCCUUACCUUGUGACCUUGAAAACAAAAUCGUUUGUAGUAUCCAACGCUUGGAAGGCCAUGUUGUUGACUCCCAGUUAUGUUCGAAAAUUCCCAGUUGCAGUGGUGCCCCUUUUGUCCCACUCAAGAAUCAAGAACGCACUUGGCAUCAUAUGUUCUAUGAAUGCCCUGGCUGCAUUAAGAAGCAUGGGGAAGUUCUUGCUGUGUGGGCGCCGUGUUUGGGUCAAUUUGGCAUGGAGCAUUUCCGGUGCCGAGGGCUGGUUCCCCGACAUUGGAAUAUUGCCCCGCCUAUUGCUGAUGAGGGUUUGGUCGCUGUUAGCAUUUUUCAUGACCAUAAUGUUGGAUCAGGUGCCACAAUCCUCUUGGGAACUGAUGGUUCGGGUGGUCCUUUCAGUGAUGACCCCGUCUUCGGAAGUCUGCGUGGGCUGCGGUUGCUCUUCGCAUUGGCGGCGAUGAGAUGUCUGGCGCUUUAG